AAAAAACUCUGACAAACUGCAAUCCCCAGGGCCUGGGAGUUAAGCCCCCCAAACGACCUGUUGCUUUAAGCGGCGCGGUGGGGAGUAGCUGGACACUCCUUAUUUUGGUUUUACAUUAAAAAAGAGGGAGGCCGAGAAGAUGUUGUAGGUUACUUGCUAGCCUUGUAAAUUGCUCCGGGGCUGUGAGUGAAUGGUGUUAAUUUCUGAAGUGGGCGACUCCAAAUACAUAACAAAGUUGACGUGACAGAGGACGCCUUGCGUCAGGUCCCCAGCAGAGAUCAGCCAUUCCUGGGCUCAGUGAAGAGGCCUGAUCUGCCUUAAAGGGCACUCCGAAAAUUGAACUGAGAAGCCCCAAGCAAGCUGCCUGAAUUUCCCUGCGUGUUCCCGCUCUACAUCCUGUAAAGGACCAGACAAGUCACAUUGGUGGUUUUUGGUUCCCACCAGCCGUGGAUGCCGGUGACAUUAUGACUGCAGAAGACUCCGUGGCGGCCAUGAGCAGCGACUCGGCGCCGGUGUCGUCGGCCAAGGCGCCCGAGGGCCUGGCGGGCGUCCCCAACGAGGCGGCGCUGCUGGCGCUGCUGGAGCGCACGGGCUACUCCAUGGCGCAGGAGAACGGGCAGCGCAAGUACGGCGGCCCGCCGCCCGGCUGGGAGGGCCCGCACCCGCAGCGCGGCUGCGAGGUCUUCGUGGGCAAGAUCCCGCGCGACGUGUACGAGGACGAGCUGGUGCCCGUGUUCGAGAGCGUGGGCCGCAUCUACGAGCUGCGCCUCAUGAUGGACUUCGACGGCAAGAACCGCGGCUACGCCUUCGUCAUGUACUGUCACAAGGGCGAGGCCAAGCGCGCCGUGCGCGAGCUCAACAACUACGAGAUCCGCCCGGGCCGCCUGCUGGGCGUCUGCUGCAGCGUCGACAACUGCCGCCUCUUCAUCGGCGGCAUCCCCAAGAUGAAGAAGCGCGAGGAGAUCCUGGAGGAGAUCGCCAAGGUCACCGAGGGCGUGCUCGACGUGAUCGUCUACGCCAGCGCGGCCGACAAGAUGAAGAACCGCGGCUUCGCCUUCGUGGAGUACGAGAGCCACCGCGCGGCCGCCAUGGCGCGCCGCAAGCUCAUGCCCGGCCGCAUCCAGCUGUGGGGCCACCAGAUCGCCGUGGACUGGGCCGAGCCCGAGAUCGACGUGGACGAGGACGUGAUGGAGACGGUGAAGAUCCUCUACGUGCGCAACCUCAUGAUCGAGACCACCGAGGACACCAUCAAGAAGGUCUUCGGCCAGUUCCACCCGGGCUGCGUGGAGCGCGUCAAGAAGAUCCGCGACUACGCCUUCGUGCACUUCGCCAGCCGCGAGGACGCGGUGCACGCCAUGAGCCGCCUCAACGGCACGGAGCUGGAGGGCUCGUGCCUCGAGGUGACGCUGGCCAAGCCGGUGGACAAAGAGCAGUACUCGCGCUACCAGAAGGCGUUGCAGUCGCAGUCCCAGGAACUCACCCUGCAAGUUCAUCUCUUGCAUCAAGCGGACAUACUCAGCAGCAUAAGAGGCCGGGGCCGAGGUGCGGCUGGCAACAGAGCCCCAGGGCCCAGGGGUUCCUACCUCGGGGGAUAUUCUGCCGGCCGUGGUAUAUAUAGCCGAUAUCAUGAAGGGAAAGGAAAGCAGCAAGAAAAAGGAUUUGAACUUGUACCGAAUUUGGAAAUCUCUGCUGUCAAUCCAGUUGCCAUUAAACCUGGUACAGUGGCCAUCCCUGCCAUUGGGGCCCAGUAUUCCAUGUUUCAGGCAGCUCCUGCUCCCAAAAUGAUCGAAGAUGGCAAACUCCACGCAAUGGAGCACAUGCUCAGCCCCAUCGCGGUGCCGCCAGACCCAGCCAGCGCGGCGGCCGCCGCCGUCAUUCCCGCAGUGUCCACGCCGCCUCCUUUCCAGGGCCGCCCCAUAACUCCGGUGUACACCGUGGCUCCAAACCUUCAGAGAAUCCCCGCUGCCGGGAUCUACGGGGCCAGCUACGUCCCGUUUGCUGCUCCGGCCACCGCCACGAUCGCCACACUACAGAAGAACGCGGCGGCCGCGGCCGUCUACGGGGGCUACGCGGGCUACAUACCUCAGGCCUUCCCCGCCGCUGCUAUCCAGGUCCCCAUCCACGACGUCUACCAGACGUACUGAGCCCGGGGACCGGGCCGCCCGCCGAAGGAACACUUGACUAUUUAUGAAGAAGGAACGUGGGGGAUCAGCACACACACGAAACCCGAAAGUGACGAAAGGAAUCAGAUACCAUACUGAAAUAUUUUAUACACAUGAAGUUUUUGCUAGUUUUUUAAGACUAUUUUCAAUGUAGCAGGCCUGUGUUCAUACCUUCUAAGAGACUUGCGACGGUCUGUGCCUUAAUACCAUCUCUUAAAAAUUUGUAUGCUGUAGUACGUUUGUAUAGAGGUUUUUGUUUUUGUAUUUUUAAGGAUAUAUUUUCAGUAUGAAGGUUAUUUUCUUAACUUCUGCACUCCAGAGAUUUCUAUUUUGUAGUACCCUCAAUAAUAUAUCAGCUAUAUAUGAAAAAGCACAUUGAGCAGCUAGGGAACUAUUUUGAAAAAUAUAUUCAAUAUUUAAAGAUACAGACAAUAGUGCUUUAAAACUACUACAUGAAAUGUUAUUUUAAAAAUUAUACUGGAAAGUGCAAUUUUAAAAUGAGUAAAACCUCUAUUUUUGCUGGCAUUAAGGGUUACCAUGUGUUAUCCAUGAUGGUUCUAUUUUUUUAAAGAAAUUAAACACUCAGUCUCUCCUUAAGCCAACACUGAAAAGACUUGUCACACUUCUGAGUCCAAACACUGGAACGCUCUCACCUGCCACCAUUACCCUGGGCCCCCGCUCAUUCUCUGUGUGUCUCUGCUCUUAAACUUAAUGUUUCCUCCUCACGCCCCUACUCAUCCCUUCCUUCAUUCCCCAGCCCCGCCUCCCUGUGUGGCAAGUCUAGAGCAGGUGGAUUACUCUGAUAGAGAAAACGUUGAUGGCUUUUAUAUUUCUUCUUGGGUUUUUGUUGGGGUUUUUUUGGUUUGGUUUGGGACGUAUUUUCAAUAGCACAGUUUGUGUAAGCACAACAUUUUAAUAGUUUUCAUAAGACAUCUUUGCCAUAGCUAUUUAAUUGCCCGAUAUAAAACUUCAGUUUCUUUUCUAAUGCUUUUAUUCAUUUGUGAAGUAUGAGUUCAUAGAGACGAUGAAUGUUAUUGUAGCAAGGCCCCCAGAGACUCUUGUUGCAGAAAGUGAUGCUUCUAGUUGCCUUAUCAUGUUUCAUACAAAAUGCCUGUGGUCGCCAGUUGGUGUUAGAAAUAUUAUAUCUAUUGAGCAGGGCUUUCCUCCAUUGCUGUGUAUGAGGCAGGUGAACUUAAUUGGGGCCAUGCACAUCCAGGAGGAGGGGAGACCUGCAGCAGUUGAGAGAGUUUGUAAAUACCUCCUAAUGCUCAUUUUAGUUGUAUGUGUUUUUAUGUUGCAGAAGUUCAUGGUAUAUAGUUUAAUGCAAAAGGAAACCAUUUUAUUUCAAUGUUAUUAAAAGCUUUGUUUUAUUAGGAAGUAAAUAUGUUGUUGCAGUGUUUUGUGCCGGCUUUUAAAGGCUUUUGUUUAGCAGAGUGAAUGUAAAAUACAGUAAAAUAUUAAGAUUGUCACCUACUUUAUGAAAUACAGCAACUUGGAAUUUUUUAAAGGCUCUAUCAAGGAAAUGAGGUGUGCAAUAGAUAGCAAGUAACAGUUGUGUUUCUAUGUAAUAUUAGAGACCCAUGAAGUCUUUCCACUUGCUGAAUUUUUGCUGAUGGCUGAAUUCUUAUUUGUGGAUUAAUACUAGGAUCAUGCCUCUAGCAGAUAUUUUAGUUUUGUUUAAAAUUUUUAAAUUAAGAGAUUCCCAAAUGCCUCCCUGCACCCCAAUUUAGGGUGGGAUGAAUUUUUUAUAUAUAAGCAAUAUUUAUUUAUUGUGUAAAAUUAUUGAGUGCCUGCAAAGGCCUUUAAACAUUCCUAGCAUUUCUUCCCAUCAUCCUGAAAUGACAUAAAGUAAUUGUGCAAUGUCCCUGAUGAUGUACCCAGCAAGCUGCAUCCAGACCCCAGCCUGCUGGAAUGAGUCUUCCAGCGAAGUGCAGUUUGGAGCAGGCCCUCACCCCUUGAGUCUGGGUGAAAGAAGUGGUCCCCUUUCAGCAUCGGGUUGGCACAGAGGUUCACUGGAUGAGACUCUGAACCCGUGGUCUUACUGUAUUUUACAUGUGCGUGUACAUUAUUUGGUGGGGGAGGGGGAGAGUAAUAAAAAGAAAGGAAAAAAAUGAUAUCUUAACGUGGCAAAUACCAAACUACCUUAAAAACAAAUGUUGGUGACGGCCAAUUAAGUAUCAGUGAGCCUCUUAGCUGUUUCAAACCCAUUUCACAUACACUACUGAGGUAAGUUUAUAACUGGAAAUGUGAACUUUUUUUUUUUUUUUUUAGGGUUAAGAACAAACUAGAAAUGUUUUUAAAAAAAAGCUUUAGAGUUCUCUGUUUUCAAACAUGCUAGCAGUUUAGCUCUCUUCGGUUGCUUUGUAUUUGAAAAGCUUUUAUUUAGAUCUUGCUCCAUUUACAAUACAUUCUUAGGAUGUAUGUAGUAAAUAAAGCUUUCUUUAAAGCAA